AUGCCAUUAGAGCUCUCAUCCCACUGCGAGUGUCCUAACUGUGUGGAGGGUCCUGAGAAUGAAGCUAAUUGGAAUCCCUCUUCCAGUAAGAGUGGUACUGGCUCAUUGUAUUCAAGAUCAAGGAAAACAUCCAGAAGACACUGCCCUCUUUCUCAGUGUCAUCCCACCAGGCUAGCAAUUGAUACCAAAGAAGAAUCACUAUUUCUUCCCUCAGAAAAUGAAAAUUUCGUGGGCUUUUCCCAAAACAAUCAUCUUAAUCCUAACCCUGAGGAUAGCACAAGGAAAAUCAGGCCACUGAGAGAGCUGACUAUCCAAGAGUUACUGAAGGAAUUUGCAGACCUUGGGAAGUUCCAAUCCGACUCCAUGUCCCUGGGCCACUUUAGAGAUCAGGUGGUUAUGAAGUUUAGAAGAGCUCUGUAUUAUUCUGGAGUUUGGGUGACACAUGUCCAAGGCUACAGAGUUGAAAAGCUCUUUUCAGCUAACUAUUUCAAAAGAAAUCCUGGUAGCUUACAUCGACUGGUUCCCUGGCUCAAACGGGAAUUAACAGCAGUGUACGGAGAUUAUGGAUAUACUGUGAAGAAUAUUCUAGCUGCCAUCAUCCAUCACAUGACAAUAUAUGAUUUAGACAGUGAGUCCUUUAUUCACCUUCUGGAGCCUUAUCUCCUGCAACACACCCACCAUUUCUUGCAUGAAUUUAUCAGUUUUGUUCAUUCUCCUUACAACAUGGAGACAUACGACCAACGGGCCAUCUAUCAGUGUCCUGCUCCUGAACCCUGGACAAAAAAGAAGUCAACUGCAUCAGCUCCUAUUUUGUCUUUGCCGAAGGAUCAUGCUGUAAUGAUAACUCAAAAUGAUACAAAGCAGCCUGAGAACACCGAGAGUCGUCAGAAAAAUAAGAGGCCUGUAUCUGGCUUGAAAGAGUUUCUCAAUGGUAACUCUUCCUGGAAAGAAUCUGAAAUCUCACCAGUCCACCAUAAAACAGCAAGCAAAAUUGAUGUUUGGAUCGAAAACAAACCAGACUCAGGUGAUCAUAAAGUCACAAUUUCUACUAAUAAUAAUCUCCUGAAUUGGGCUACCCCAAGAGAAAGGGACCCAAACCUACCAAAGUGCAAAAACAGAAUGCGAGAGAAAAAGACACAAGGGAUAAAGUUGCUUCCUGGUCAUAUACAGGAUCCAAGAAAGAAUGAAACUAUUGCACGCACUUUCAGUACUCCAGCAGUUUCUAAUCAGGAGCAAACAUGGAGACGCAGUCCAAGAGAAAGAAGGGUUUUGAGCCACGAUCAGCAAAUAAACUUCCAGGAAAAUGAAGGAGAAGAAACUAAAUACUCAGAUUCUUCAUCUGCAAUCUUUCAAAGACUGCCUGGAGAAAGAUCCUCAGUACAUCGCAAAUCUCGAAAGAGAGACCCUUCUUGGAGUUGCAUCUCAGAAAAUACCCUUUCUUCUAAAAGAGAUGGCAGAAAGCUGAGUUCCUUUAGAAAAAGAAGUUUGAAAUGUAGACAGUCCUCUCAAUUUGUAGAUGCUGGUUCAUACACCAGUAGAAGAACCCAGCGGCGAUCAAGGUCCAGUACUCGUAGAUCUAAAUCCUGGUGUGCUGGCCCCAGAAAGAGAUCUAUGAGCAGAGAAACAAGUAAUCUCUUUCCAAGGAGAAGUUACAGAAAUGAAGACUUCACCAAGAAUAUAUGUGGUGAGCCCUUAAAAGAAAAGAAAGUGCAUAGCAAUGAAUCAACCUAUGGGCACACAACUUCAACCCCAGGCCAAUCCGUGAAGAUUUCUUCAACUGUUGGGAGUAGGCCCAAAUACAUGUCUAAAGGUGAAAGUGCUUCUCAAUUUGGUAGCCACUGUAGCAAUCCCAUAUGCCUCCACACUGAGAAACAUAGAUCCCCAAAUAUGCAAGUGAUGAACCAAAAAAUCACAUUUCCUAGGGCUAGAAGAACCAGAGCAGUUAAGCAUGGAAAACACAAUUGUAAGUAUCAAGGCACACAAAACACAGAGGAAGUCAUGGAUGAACUGAGGAGUCUGGGUGAUAAGAAGCAAAUGAGUCGGCUUUUUGUUUGUACACCUUCAUCUAGGAGGCCAACGCCAGCAAAACAGAACACAAGUUUUCAGAGAUGUCACUGCGCCAACACCACAAAAGAGACUAGUAUCAGAAACAGAGAUGUAAACAGUUUGAAAAGUAAGUUACUCCACUUAACUAGAGAGCAAGGGUCUUUGGGAGUAUGA